AUUUUUCUUAUCUUCAUGAUUCCCAAUCCCACGACUCUAAGAGACAGUUCAGUGAUUCUUACACGAAGGAUCUACUUUGGUUUUGACGUGGACUCAAAGAUGGCGGUCGGCGAGUUUUUCUUCACUCCUUUAGUCCUGUUCAUUGUUCCAAAAUACUGCCACGAUGAAUUCUUUAUCAACUUCAACUUCUUUCAUGCCGCUUGCUUAAAGAUUGCAAUUAGCAAGUGUUUGGGUUAUGGAAUUGUCGUUGGAUCGGCAAUGAUCAAAAUCCCCCAAAUUAUCAAGGUUGUACAAGCGUCUAGUGUGGAGGGUCUCAGUUUAUUGGCUUUCGUUCUUGAGCUGGUAGCUUUGACUGCUAAUGCAACAUACAGCUACGCCAAGGCUUUCCCUUUCAGUGCUUGGGGUGAGAGUUUCUUCAUGUCAAUCCAGGGCUGUUUGUUGAUCUUGAUGUACUUUUACUACACCAGCCAACCUUUGGCUGCUAUUAUUUUCCCAGUGUUGUAUGGAGGCAUUGUUUAUGUUCUAGCAUCUGGCCUGACUCCAAUGUCAGUGUUGACUCAGUUUGUUUCCCUUAACAUUCUUUUUCUUGCAACAAGUAGGCUCAUACAGAUAGUUGCUAACUUCCGUAAUGGCCACACAGGGCAGCUGUCAUUCAUCAUGGUUCUCUUAUUGUUCCUGGGAGCUGUGGCGCGCAUCUUCACCACUAUACAAGAGACCGGUGACAAAGUUCUGCUGAUGACCUUUCUUGUGUCAGCAACACUGAAUGCGACUCUCACCUUCCAAGUUCUCUAUUACUGGAGUGUCAAACCAGACUUGAAGAAGAAGGAGGCUUAGUGAACUCUUGUCUUUUGAUGCAUAACAUACGAUCGUCUUUUGGUAUUCCUGGUGAUGUAUCUUCUGUAAAGUCAUUUCCAUACUUAUCCCAUCCUCUUUACAAAGAUGUGAAAGAUGUGAAAUUCAAAGAUUGUAGCAAUAAAAUGAUAGGCAUUGGGAAUUUUUCAUUGAUGUUUUGGAAGGAAUUUGUUAACCCACAAAGCUGUGUUUUUGUUUUUUUUGCCUUUGGUCCUUGUGAUGUAAGUUCUGGUCAUCCACAAACGUUUGAAACUUCUUUCAGCACUCAGGAUACAAAGAAACUUCACUUUCCAUCUUCUUUGAUGAAAGAAUUCUCUUUUCUAUUCAUAUUAAUUUCACCUACCAGUUACUACUGGUACUCAUAAAGCUUUACAAUAAUAUCUCUUUUGUCUUUGAAGUUAACAUUAUUUUCUCAGUCUCUUGUACUGAUCCAAUUUUGCCUCAAGGGUGGAAUAAAGAGUGGUUUAAAUUAGUUAGGUAUGUAUAGUUACUCUGUAAUGCAAACACUGUUUCAUUCUAAAUCUGUACAAUGCAAGGUUAGGUUCUUUCACUGAAUUGUGGCAUUUUGUAGCAAUGUGAAUGGAUUAAACAAAGAUUUACAUUAUUA